GAUCGUGGAGCAGUGAAUCGCACGCGCGAUGUCUCUUCAUCCUUAGUCUCACGCUCUUACUCUCUCCCCUCUUCCUCCCUCCACGCCAGUUCUGAUUUCCCCCAGACGUUCAAUCGCUCGACGAGGGAGAAGAAAUUCACACCGGAAUUCAGCCCGAACACUCGAAGUUCGAUCGAAUCGACGCCGGAAAAUGUCGAGUGCGUUGAUAGUCGGGGAUGCGAGUUCCUGGGCUCGAGCGCUCGUUAGGAUCUCUCCUUACACCUUCUCCGCCAUCGGUAUCGCCGUUUCCAUCGGAGUCUCUGUCCUCGGUGCCGCCUGGGGAAUCUACAUUACUGGGAGUAGCUUGAUCGGCGCAGCCAUUAAAGCUCCUCGGAUCACCUCUAAGAAUCUCAUCAGCUGCAAUACCACUUUGGUUGGUGUAAUGAGUGCGACGAAGUUGGAGAGUGUUCCUGCUUCACAGAUCUAUGCUCCUGAAUCCCUUAGAGCUGGAUAUGCAAUUUUCGCAUCUGGGAUUAUCGUUGGCUUUGCUAACCUUGUUUGCGGGCUGUGCGUGGGAAUCAUAGGAAGCAGCUGUGCAUUAUCCGAUGCCCAAAACUCCUCACUUUUUGUGAAGAUUCUCGUGAUUGAGAUCUUUGGUAGUGCUCUAGGACUGUUUGGAGUAAUUGUUGGCAUAAUCAUGUCUGCCCAAGCUUCAUGGCCUACGAAAGUAGACUUCUACUCCGCCGCCGCCGUCGUCGUCUCCUUGACCAUUUCGGCUGGAAGAGAAUCCCAAAUGGGGGCGGGUCGAGAAGUGUCGAUAUCCUUAGAUGGCGUGCGGGACAAGAACGUGAUGCAGCUCAAGAAGCUCAACACCGUCCUUUUCCCCGUCCGUUACAAUGACAAGUACUAUUCCGACGCUCUCGCUUCCGCAUAUUACAGUGAUAUCUGCGUUGGUGCCAUCGCAUGUCGCCUAGAGAAGAAGGAAGGCGGGGCUGUCUGUGUUUACAUUAUGACCUUGGGCGUGUUAGCUCCAUAUCGUGGGCUAGGCAUUGGGACGAAACUGUUGAAUCACGUUCUUGAUCUCUGCUCGAAGCAGAACGUUCCAGAGAUAUACUUGCAUGUGCAGACAAACAAUGAAGAUGCUAUCAACUUCUACAAGAAGUUUGGGUUCGAGAUCACGGAGACCAUCCAGAAUUACUACACAAACAUUACACCACCAGACUGCUAUGUUGUGAAAAAAUUUGUUACUCAGACAAAGAAAUGACAUGGAUGAUGGGAUUAUAGCUAGUUGGCAUCUCUCAGCAGUAAAUUUAUAGUUUUUGAGUUUUGUAUCUUGUUAUUGAGGGGUUCUGGUAUCGGUUUGCAAUUGUUGAAGAUUCAUUAUUAGCUGUUACUCGAGUCAUUAUAGUGCUAGAAGAAGCCCUUUGAAAAUUUUGUAUUUUUUGUAUCGUUCAAGUGGGGCUGGUUGGCAUUGAACUCUGUUGUUCAGAUCAUUUUGAUUGUCGAUUUUCUGGUACUUUAGGCAUUCAAAGAGAUUUUUCUAUUCAACCGUACUGCUUUCAGGAGGAUUGUGGUAUUUUGCUUGUUUGGAUUACAGUUAAAGCAUUGGAACACACUUUUACUUGCCAAUUUCUUUAGCAAAUGCAGAAACUAAAGCCUUGUACUGUUAUUAUACAAGCAGAUUUACUAAAGAAAUUCACUGAUCUUAUAUAAUAUAUUACAGAAC